ACAUUACACAUUACAUUACUCUCAACAAUUCUCUCUAUUUUGCUCUCUUAAGUUUUGGAAGUUCUGAUCGACAACAAACAUGGGUGGUGGAAAAGAUCAGCAUCAAGGUGGUGGAAGUGGUGAAGAAACUGACAAGGGUCUUUUCGGUAGUCUUCUUCACGGCGUUGCCGGAGGACAACAUGGCUAUUCUCAACAACAUGGAUACCCUCAACAGGGGUAUCCACCGCAACAUGGGUACCCUCCUCAACAGGGGUAUCCACCGCAGCAGGGUGGAUAUCCUCCACAAGGGUACCCGCCAUCUGGGUAUCCGCCGCAGCAGGGUGGAUAUCCUCCUCAAGGGUACCCGCCCGCCGCUCACGGCGGUCAUUCUGGAGGAGGCAGCCAUGGAAUGGGGGGAAUUCUAGCUGGGGGUGCAGCUGCUGCUGCAGCCGCAUACGGUGCUCACCAAUUGACAGGCCAUCACGGUCAAGGCUCUCACCAAGUUUCGCACGGCGGCUACAAUCCAUCUCACGGCAUGCCAGGGUACGGGGGUCACGGCAUGCCAGGGUACGGGGGUCACGGCAAGGUUAAGCAUGGUAAAUUCGGGAAGCAUGGAGGCAAGCACGGCAAGUACGGGAAGCACGGUGGAGGCAAGUUCAAGAAGUGGAAGUAAAGAGCACGAUCCUGACCAGCUGCUCAACUGGAAUCGCUGAUCUAGAACUCUAUAGACCUUAGAUAAAUAAAAAAAACUAUGAAGUACAUUAUGCUGGUCUGUAGAUGAUGUUGGCUGUUAAUUUCAGAAUCUUUCGCUUUUGCAUUAUUCGAAAAUAUCACAUCCCCCUUUCAACUUUUAAAUUUGUGGUGCUCCUUGGCCAGAGCUCUGUCGGAGCCAUAUUGUUAUCGUUUUCGCUUGUAGAGUUGUGAUGCAUUAUGCUUCUGUGCCUUAUACAGAUGCUGUUCUGGGGGAUAAUGGAGCUUUCUAACUUCCCAUUAUUUGUGAUUCUUGUGUGAUCUUGAACACUGAGUGCUACUUAUUUUUGUUUGGUAGCCAUCGGUUCACUAAUAAAGAGUAGAUUCGUUGUGAAAAUAAAUCUUGGAGGUUUUUCUGUUCCGAGUCUUUUCCUGCAAAAUAUCUCACAUCGAUUUAACAAUGAGCUCAGAUGUUGACAAU